GGUCGUCAAGGGAAUUGUUCAUAUGGUCGUCGAUGUCGGCGUGUGGGGUGACGACAACGCACUGGUGGCCCAAGCGGUGGCAGUGGUGGAGAAGCAGUUGCGAGGGGCAGGAUAUGCGAUGCGGGCACCGGUCGUGGCACCGUCUGACUCGCUGCUGGGAGUGCUGGCUGGCGUAGCCGAUCGCGCAGCUGCCGAGCCGUUCCCGCCCGGCCCUCCGCUGGUGGACGACUGCGGCGACGAGCCGUGGCUUGCCGAAGCUCGAUCUAUGUCUGGUGCCUCCCGCUACCAUCAUGUGGUGGCGGUGGCAGGGCUUGACGCGGGCCACAGUGUGGCGGCGGCCGGAUCGGAGGCGGUGGAGGUAGUUGCCGGCGCCCUGGCGGCGUCGGGCACCUCGCUUACGCUUGUGGUGGUGAGCGAGAGGGGAAGCUUGGUUGGGUUUGGCAAUCCCGAGGCCGACAGUGUGUACAAUGAUCUGACACACUUGUCGCUCGGCGCCACGCUUGCGCAGGUGGUUGCCGCUCGCGAGCCGGACGAGCCGCUGUCGCUGCAGGAAGCAUGCCUUGCUCGCGGAGUGUGGACCCGGACUCUCUCUCUGCGCACGCUGUGUGCGCUCGACGCCGAGCUGGACUCUGCCGCAAGUGCUGCUGAGCAGAGGACAUCGACACAGGCCACAAGCAAUGUGCUAGACGCGUACGGAAUCGACGCCUCGCUGUGGGACGACGACGACGAUGACGACGAGGACGACGCCGAGAACGCCGAGGCAGAGGGCGGCGGAGCCGGUGCCGGCGGCCGCGACUCGACGGCGGCUCUGCGCUUCACGUCGCUCGAGCUUCCUGCCCCGCCUGGCAGGAUGGACCAGGUCCUGGUCCCGCCGCCGGAUGUGACGAAGCUGCCGUGCCUAGGGCACAUGGUCGAGGCUCAUUACCCGGCAGGGUUUGGGGCCAACGCAACGGAGCAUCCGCAGUGGGACGACGUGCACCCGACGCUCACGCGUGAGGCGUUUGCAUCUGAGCUUGCCAGCCGGCGCGGCGGGCCGAGCCGGCUCCGUCCGCUCCUCCUCACCUCGGCGCGGGCGCACUCGUACGGCAAGGACGAACACUCGGCGCGGCGGAGUGUGCCGGUCCUACAGUGGCAUCCGGACGAGCCGUUUGCGGCCGAGUUUGUCCGCGGCUCGCAUCCGGUCAUCCUGCGCGGGACAGUGGCUGCACGGUGGGCAGGUGUGCGCAAGUGGAACGCAGAGUAUCUCGGCGGGCGCGAGGACGCCCGGCCGAUGCGCCAAGUCAAGAUUCACCGCGGCGCAGCCUGCAACGACGUCGCCGACGGCAGCGGCGACUUUAAGUUCUACGACGUCGACUUGAAGCAGUCGAUGGCGCAACUGCGCACGCUCAAUCUGCUGACCGAGUACGAGGCUGUCAACUACACAGGGACGGACGGGGCGAGCCGGUUCUGGAGCGAUGUCUUUGACCCGCCGGGUAACCAGCAGCUGCAACACUUUGCGGAAAUGGAUCCGCAGCUUGUUGACGACGUCCAACCGAACGAGCUGGUCUUCCGAACGAGGGCCGACGCCGCGCGGUUCAUGCAGUACUUUUGGAUCGGGUCGCACAGGACGGCGACGCAUCUCCACUACGACAUGGACUACAACUACUACGCGCAAGUGACGGGGAACAAGACCUUUUUCAUGUUUCCUGACUACAGCCACAGUAGCAUGCAUCCGUAUCCACGGAUCCACCCGUUGUGGCACAAGUCGCAGGUAGACUUUGACGCACCGGAUCUGGCCACGUUUCCAGACUUUGCACCAAACACGGUGGUGUACGAGGCCAAGCUUCAGGCCGGCGACGUGCUUUUUGUGCCGCCGUACUGGUGGCACCACGUUGUCUCGCACGCACAGUCGGUCUCGCUGGCGUCGUUCUCGCGAAUGACUGAGACGUAUGAGGUGAUGAACCGGGUGUACGGGCUGCGGCUACCGAUCGACGAUGCACGGGCCAAGGCCAAGCCUGGCGUGCGAGCGCGUGUGGCGGUGGCACUUGUGCGGUCGCUCGUCGAGGCUGUGGUGGGUCCGGGGCGUGCGGGUCCGUGGGCGCGGGCGCUGGUGGCGUCGCGAUACCACGCGUUUGCGCCCGACUUUUGGGCGGCCGGCGGAUCGGCGGCGCCGACCGCAGAGCUGUGCGGCGAGAGCGAGUUGCUGCCGCGGUGGGCGGAGGCAGAUAUCGAGUCUGUGGCGAGCGAGGUAGCGACGCUGGUGUGGCACCUCGAUCCUGUGCCGCGCGACGUGCUGUUUGGCGAGUUUGUGGAGGAGGUUGUGGCGUCCGCGGUUCAUGUGGCGCACGUGAGCGCGUUCUUCUCGCGGUGCGUGGCGCGUUGACCGCUGCCGGCUCGGGGCUGAGCACGUAGCGAGAGCGUCGCGUGUUACUUAGGUGCUGCGUCAACAGGGCAGCUUACUUAGCGGGAGAUGGGAGGAGUAGAGGUCGAUUAGGCCUCGGCGUCCAUGGCGGCCUUCAUCCGGGUAAAGACAGCGCGCAUGG